AUGAUCCCGCAAUGCGCCGGCCCGAUCUGGGCUAUAGAUGAUCUCUCUCGUUGCUUUCAACGCAGAUAUCUCCAAGAAAUCCUCCCGCUUACCGCAUGCGCUAUUUCCCUCCUCAUUAUCUUGUCCCGUGUUGCAUAUCAAUUCGCCUUUACCCGAAAGAGCGUCUCGUAUAAACUGCUACCGAGCGACGAUGCUGGAUGCGCGCAAGAUACAAGAGCUACGGAGGAGGACCUAGCAGAGGAGUCGGAUCCAAUGCUCUCCAAGGCGGCGCGUCUUGAAUCAACACAUUUUGAACUGGAUCGUCCCCGCGGCGAGAUCGCUUUCGUUGUAUUGGAGGCGGCAGGGCUGAUUGGGCAAGUCGCCAUAUUUAUAACUGUUCUGUACACAGAUGCUUGGGGCCACGAUGGUCGUCUUCCGGCCGUGGCUCGCCUGAUAUCCUGGAGUUACAUACUAUUCUUGGUUCUGGUCCGACUGCUCCUUUCAGUCCGCCAGCUACAUUCAUCUGCAAGACUCUGGGACCAUACAUUUGCCCUAUAUGGGUUACAAUGGUUGUUCACUGUAUUUGUUUUCCGGUCUUCCGUCAUUUACCCGACAUCAAGACGUGCUUUGACUUUCUCUGCUCUUGAAUUCUCCUUGUCCAGCUUCCUGGUGAUCCUGUCCGUGACCACCCGUAGAGGAAAUAAACCGGUCCUCGUUCCGCACGAAGAAGGCUUACACCCAGCAAAGCACCCGGUUGCGAGCUUGCUCUCCCUAGCGACCUUUUCCUGGCUGGACCCGCUUAUCUGGAAGGGCUAUAAGCAGUCACUUGAACUGGAAGAUGUCUGGAAUUUAACAGCAUCACAGAAGGCUUCCACAGUCUUGGAGGACUUUCGAUGCAGGCAGUAUAAAGGCCCGUUAGUAUGGAAGCUCCUACGCUACUUUUCCGGCACGAUCUUGAUUCAGGGCUUAUGGACUAUGUUUUCCAACCUCUUCACCUACCUACCCACACUUCUGCUCAAAGCGAUCCUUGAGUAUGUCGAAAACCCGAGGUCCACCACGCCGAACGCUGCAUGGCUAUAUGCUGCGCUUCUUUUCUGUUCGGGCGCUAUCCAGGGUAUAGCCGAUGGACAAGCUCUUUGGAUCGGGCGCAGAAUGGGCGUGAAGCUCCGUGCUAUCAUCAUCGGCGAAAUCUAUGCCAAGGCGCUGAGACGCAAAGCCGGUCCGUCUGUUGAGGCGGCCAAAAAGUCAGACGAGGAGAAACUCGUGGACAAAAAGAAGAAGAGAAUCCUUUCGUUCGGCCGUAAGAAGAAGCAGGGCACGAGUGACCCCGAGGGCGACACCGCCAAUAAGAAAAAGACCGACGAGACCGAGGACUCAUCUGCCAACAUUGGAACCAUUAUCAACUUGAUGGCAAUUGAUUCUUUCAAGGUCAGCGAGGUGGGAGCGUACCUGCACUUCCUCUGGGCUAGCGUGCCGGUGCAAAUCGUCAUUGCAGUCACGCUUCUAUACCGGCUCCUAGGCUUCAGCUCGUUUGCCGGUAUUGUCAUCAUGGUUUUGAUGCUCCCUGUCAAUCUGAUUAUUGCCAAGAGCUUCUCGAAGCUACAGGCCCAGAUUUUGAAGGGGACCGAUGCCCGUAUCCAUUCCACAAACGAGAUCCUCCAAAACAUCCGGAUCAUCAAGUAUUUCGCUUGGGAACAACGCUUCCAGGAUAUCGUUGACGAGAAGAGAAAGGCGGAACUGAAAGCCCUCCGCUACCGCUACAUUCUUUGGUCGACUGCAGCAACGGUUUGGUACGGGACACCGAUUCUCAUCACCUUCGCUUCGUUCUUCCUCUAUACAGUGGUGGAGAAGAAGAGAUUGACGCCUUCUAUCGCCUUCCCCGCUCUAUCGAUGUUUUCUUUACUCCGCAUUCCCUUGGAUCAGCUCGCCGAUAUGGUGGCUCACGUCCAAGAGUCCAAGGUUUCACUGGAUCGUGUCGACAAGUAUCUCAACGAGGACGAGACGGACAAGUACAAGCAACUAUCCGAUGAUGAUACCUUGGAACCCAGGAUUGCACUUGACAAAGCCACCUUGUCCUGGGGCACCGCGAAGAAGACCGAGUCAGGCGAGCAGGAAGAGACUUUCCGCCUGAUUAACAUUGACGUGGAAUUUUUGAUUGGGAAAUUGAACAUCAUUGCUGGUCAGACAGGUUCGGGAAAGACAUCGUUGCUGAUGGCACUUUUGGGAGAAAUGAAGCUAUUGGAAGGGAAUGUUCAUCUGCCAGGCGGCACAGCAAACCGCGCUGAAUUGCCAGUCGACUCUCGCACAGGCCUCGUUGAAAGUGUUGCCUAUUGCGCUCAGGAAGCUUGGCUUGUCAAUGACACGAUCAAAGAGAACAUCACCUUUGCCUCUCCCUUUGACCAGAAUCGCUACGAUGCUGUGAUCAAAGCUUGUGCAUUGGAGCGUGACUUGGAAAUCCUCGAUGCCGGUGAUGAGACUCUUGUAGGUGAAAAGGGUAUUGGUCUUUCCGGUGGACAGAAGCAGAGAAUCUCUCUGGCUCGCGCGAUCUACAGCAGGGCCCGCCAUUUGCUUUUGGACGACUGCUUGAGUGCUGUUGAUUCCCACACCGCAAAACACAUCUUCAGGGAAGCUCUGACUGGCCCUCUGAUGUUGAACCGGACAUGCAUUCUUGUUACCCACAACAUUGCCUUGACCGCUCCUUACGCCGACUAUAUUGUCGCGAUUGAGAACGGAAAGAUCACUUUCAAAGGCCGACCUGAUGAACCCGGCGCUUCGAAGGCUCUGGGUGAGGACCUUACUAAAUCACGACCGGGCUCGCGGGCCAGCUCACACCCUCCACGAUCGCGCCGGCCUUCGGACGCGGCUGAUGCAAAUGCCGAGGAAGCUCACACCAACGGCGCCGCCAACGGCAAGCCGAUCAAGAAGCCGCAAAGGGCCAAGACUAACCUGCUCGAGAGCAAAGCUACUGGUAGUAUCAAGUGGCCAAUCAUCCAGAUGUAUCUUCAGUCGAUGGGUCGUUGGUAUUACUGGAUUGCCGCCGUUCUUGUCUUCACUAUUCAGCAGCUAGGCUCCGUGUCGACUAGUAUCUGGAUUCGACAAUGGGCGAAUUCGUACAGUACUGAUCGGGUCGACAUUGACAAUGAGGGGACGUACGCCGCGAUGACGCACUUCAAGUUUCCCUCGUUCAACGCACUCACAGUUCCACGCACUACUGUCAUGGCACCCCAGCUUGGCACCCAGGCCACGAACUCGGACAACGAGGUCAAUGUUGUGUACUACCUAGGCGUCUAUGCGCUGCUGGGAAUUCUAUACAUCAGUAUCUCCGCAACCAGAGAAGGUGUUCUUUUCUGGGGUUCAUUGCAUGCGUCGCGUGGCAUCCACAAACGGCUGCUCAACACGGUCAUGCACGCUAAAUUCCGCUUCUUCGAUUCCACGCCCCUCGGUCAAUUGAUGAACAGGUUCUCCAAGGACAUUGAGGCUAUCGAUCAGGAAGUCGCACCUGUUGCGAUUGGUAUGCUACACAGUUUGGCGUCCGUUAUUAUGAUUGUUAUUUUGAUCUCAAUCAUUACCCCGGGAUUCCUGAUCGCUGCUAUCUUUAUUGGUAUGGUCUACUUCGCCUUGGGCGCCGUCUACUUGAAUGCCUCGCGCGACAUGAAGCGUCUAGAGUCCGUCCAGCGCAGUCCGCUGUACCAGCAGUUUGGUGAAACAUUGAACGGCAUUGUCACUAUCCGUGCCUAUGGAGAUGGACCGAGGUUUAUUGUCGACAACCACCGGCGCAUCAACUCAUACAACCGGCCUCACAUUUACCUGUGGGCUGCCAACAGAUGGCUUGCCUUCCGCGUGGAUAUCACUGGAGCUUUGGUGUCUUUCUUGACGGCGACAUUUAUCCUGGCGAACAUUGGAAGAAUUGAUGCAGGUGCUGCCGGUCUCUCACUGACAUACGCCGUUACGUUUAACGAGAACGUCCUGUGGCUGGUUCGACUUUACUCCGAGGUUCAACAGAGCAUGAAUUCCGUUGAGCGAGUGAAGGAGUACUUGGAAGUCGAACAAGAGGCACCGCCCGUCAUCGCUGACUCGCGACCGCCUGCAAACUGGCCCAGCAAGGGAGCGGUCACGUUCAUCAACUAUUCCACCCGGUACCGGCCCGAACUCGAUCCGGUUCUGCGUGAGGUCUCGUUCAAGAUUGAGCCUGGCGAGAAAGUUGGAAUUGUCGGUCGUACCGGUGCCGGAAAGAGCUCUCUUGCCCUUGCUUUGUUCCGUGGAUUGGAAGCAGAAACUGGACAGAUCAUUAUCGACGGCGUGGACAUUGGCAGCAUUGGCUUGAAGGACCUGAGAGAAGCCAUCACCAUCGUCCCUCAGGACCCCACGCUCUUCACCGGAACAAUCAGGAGUAACCUCGAUCCAUUCGGCCUCUUCACCGACGAGCAGAUCCUAACUGCGAUUCGUCGGGUGCACCUGAUCGGGUCAGGAACCUCCGGCACCGCAACGCCGGUGACAGCCAGUACAUUGACCAUCACCGAGCAAGGCGCCGCAACACCCAACUCCGAAGCCAACGUCACCGCCAGCACCAUCCUCGACAACAAAAACAUCUUCCAUAACCUGGAAAGCCCCGUUUCCGAAUCCGGCUCCAACCUCUCCCAGGGCCAGCGACAGCUCCUCUGCCUCGCCCGCGCCCUCCUCAAGAACCCAAAGGUUCUCAUGAUGGACGAAGCCACCGCCUCAAUCGACUACACGACCGACGCGAAGAUCCAAGAAACCCUCCGCGAACUCCGCGACAACACCAUCAUCACGAUUGCGCAUCGCCUCCAGACUAUCAUCGACUACGAUAAAGUCCUCGUCCUCGACCACGGCCGCGUCGUCGAAUACGAUCAUCCGUGGAUGCUGGUUACCAAGGAAGGCGGCCUGUUCCGCAGCAUGUGCGAGAACAGCGGGAACAUGGAGACGCUGCUCGAAGGCGCGAGGAAGGCGUGGGAGGCCAAGCGCCUCGUCGAUGAUUCAUAG